AAUGUAUUAAAGUAUAUUAAGUACUAUUUCGCAGUUUUAACAUAAAAAUAUUUCUUCUAAAUUAAUGAGUUUCCAGUGUAAAUAUUCAAUUUUUUGUAGUAAAAAGUAGAGAACAGUAUCAAAAAAUCAUACCAAUGAGUUCCAUUCACAAAAGAAAUGAAGUUGACCUUCAAGUCACCUUACAUACCCACGUAUAGAAAAACUAUUAAUACCGAAUUAUUAUUUUCCAUGAAAUACUUACUUUCUGUUUGAAACAUUUUUCAAUAUCACUAAUGAUUUUAAAUAUAUUUAUAUGUGCAUCUAUUUAAAUGGACCAUAUACAUCGAAUUAGUAGAACACGUUUACGAUAUUUAUUAUAACUUAGUUGAAUAUGAAUUGUAUUCAAUUGUAUAUACUGCCAAACUUGCAGGCUUAAUAUUACUUAUCAAGUGUUCACUAAAUCAUGGCUCUACGUCGGGGAAAGAAAAACUUAAAGUUGCAAGUUUCUGAAGAGGCACCUGUGCCUGUUACUCCACCAAGAAAUUUAGAUAAAAGAACUACAAUAACUAUAGGGGAGAAAACCUUUGUAGUGGAAGCAGAUGAUCUAGAGACUAUCUGUAUUCUUGGACGUGGAGCGUAUGGCAUUGUAGAUAAGAUGCGACAUAAACAAAGUGGUACUAUUAUGGCAGUCAAGAGAAUAACUGCAACAGUUAACACACAGGAACAAAAACGAUUACUUAUGGAUUUAGAUAUUUCCAUGCGUAGUUCAGCAUGUCAAUAUACAGUACAAUUUUAUGGAGCAUUAUUUAGAGAAGGAGAUGUUUGGAUAUGUAUGGAAGUAAUGGAUAUGAGUCUGGAUAAAUUUUAUACAAAAGUGUAUAAGUAUGGACGUGCCAUUCCUGAAGAUAUUUUAGGAAAAAUUGCUUUUGCAGUAGUAAGCGCAUUACAUUAUCUGUAUUCACAGUUGCGAGUAAUCCAUAGAGAUGUAAAACCUAGCAAUAUUUUAAUUAAUCGUAAAGGAGAAGUAAAAAUUUGUGAUUUUGGUAUAUCUGGCUAUCUAGUAGAUUCUGUUGCAAAAACAAUUGAUGCUGGGUGUAAACCAUAUAUGGCUCCAGAAAGGAUAGACCCGUCGGGUAACCCUUCACAAUAUGACAUCAGAUCUGAUGUUUGGUCAUUAGGUAUAUCUCUUGUUGAAUUAGCAACAGGAAAGUUUCCUUAUGAAUCUUGGGGAACACCUUUUGAACAAUUGAAACAGGUUGUAAAGGAUGAAGCACCAAAGUUACCUGCUAAUAAAUUUUCUGCUAACUUUGAAGAAUUUAUUAACAAAUGCCUAAUGAAAGAUUAUACUGCCCGUCCAAAUUACAAUCAAUUAUUAAAGCUUGAUUUUAUCAUGGAACAUUCUAAAAAGGAAACAAAUGUUGCUGAAUUUGUUGGUGAAAUUUUAGACUUACCUGAAGUUGAACAGCCAGCGUAGUAUAUAAGACGCUUGUUGACAUGGUGUGUUACAUGACCCUUAAUGUAACUUCGUAUUAUGCAUCGAAGUUAUUUAAUCAUUUCUUUAUAUCAAACAUUAAACAAAAAUACGUGCAACUUUUUUCAGAUAGGUUCACAUCUUUGUUUAUUCUAUAUAAAAUGUACAAUUUUAAUUCACAAUCCUUCUGGAUUAAUAAAUUAAGAAAUACUCUUCUAACAGAGAGUAAAACUAUGUAAAUAAUAUACGAAUAUUUUCUAUACAAUAUAACAAUGGUUUGUCAUUGUAGCAAUAUAACAAAUGAAGUCCAAAUUAUGAAAAAUUAUUUAAUUAGUAAAUAUGAUUUUGUAAUUCAUUUGUUAUAAUUAUGUAAGAAUUUAACUAUAACUAAAAUGAUAUUGUAGAAUAGUAAUAUUUAUGCAAAUGGCUGAAAAAGUUAAAAUAUCCAUAUUUAUGAGAACAAUUUUAGAACUCUAAUAGGAUGAAUAUAAAGUCAAUUACACUUUUUUAUAAUAUUG